CGCAUCAAGUAGUCAAUGUUUUCCUUUGUUGACGUUCAAAUUUGAUUUCAUUUCAAAAAUUAAGAAACGGAUUACGGACCUCAGCUGUAUUUGUUUGGCUUGGAAUUUGGCCCAUAUGGAUCAGCGGUACGAAACAUAUUCUUUGUCUCCAAACAGCCGGGUACAUCAAGACAAUGUAAAAUUAGGUACCUUUUGCGACUCAAGUUAUGUGCAGGUAUUUGAUGUAAUAUCACACUACUUUUUUUGCUGUGUACAAUAAAGAUGCCGAAACUACCACGAAUAUGUUCCAUUGACUACGAGUUAGUUGGGUGGAAAAUACGAAAACUGAUGGGCGGCAUAUGAAAGGAAAAAAGGAAAUCACCGCACAUUAUACCACCUGGCUACGAGCUGGACGAUUGAGGUGGUCGUAGUCUUGGUCUCCUCGACUUGGUCAGUUUCUUAGUCGUGGUCGUGGUCUAGAAAGGAGUUCAAGUAGAGCGAAAGUGUGUUAAUUAGAUGUUCUGGCCUGCCAUGAAAAUUCUCCACUGGCUAUUUCGGUUUCGAUUGUGCUAGAGUAAGGUCGUGGUUUCCUCGCGCUGUUCCGAGAUAUUCCAGAUGCAACCGUCCCGUUUGAUAUCAUCAGUAGUUUAGCGAAUAAAAAAUUGAUUUUUCAAGUUUUGCACACACGAGUAAAGUGAAACAACAUCACAGCUUAGCUGAAACAAUCUGCACUCCUAAAUCACUUUCGCAACCAAGAUUAUCACCAGCCCCAGAUAGUUAGUGAAUCGAAAUUACUAAACUUUCAAGGAUACCACAUCGACUUUUCCCCUGGACGGAAUCGAUUUUCCCGUGGAAGUAAAAAAAAGCUUAAUCCCAGCCCAGUGCUUCCCACAGAGAGAAGAAAAAAGUGAAAUUACAAUUCGCUCGAGUAGUGGAAAUUUGCAGUGCGCGAAGUGGAAAAAAUCGAACAAGUGCGAAGUGGAGCACCGCACCAAAUGGAAGCCGUGAAGAUUAAAGAUGUGGAUAAUGUCGACAGAAGUGCCCAGCAAGUGGUCCGUGACUCUUGGCUGUGAGUCGGGCUAUGGUGAAAUUCGUGUGGAGCAAAAUGUGCGGAAAAUUGUGAAUUGGUAGAAGCAAUUACUUGUCGUCGUUCAUCACAUACAUUGGAGUACAGAAAGAGAGAUCUACUAGUGUAUUGCCGCGAUCAUGGAUAAGUCGAAGAAGCCUCCGGGAACGACCGGAGGAGCAGGAGCUGCCGGUGGGGCGGCUCCAGGAGCUGGUGGCAAAGGGCCGAUGGCUUCAAAACCCGGGCCCGGUGGCAAAGGACCUCCCAAAAAGCCCAGUGAUAGUGACGCACCGGGAGCCAGCGCCAAAGCAGAGGGAGAUUCCGCCGGAGGAGGGCCAGCAUCCGGUGGUGGUGGUGCCUCCUCCAAGGAAGAAGCUUCAGCUGCCAACAACGGUGGCGAUAAGAAGGCCCAACCGGAUAAGGCAGAAUCUGAGCAACCAUCGCAGCCGAAGCCUGGCAGUGCCGGGGCAACGGUCCGCGACGGUGCCCAGAAGGUACUUAAUCUGGCUCUGAAGAGCGAGUGGGCUCCCGUUGAAGCUGUGCUGAAAGGCUUGGAGAAGGCGGUAGCCGCCGGUGGAGACGAUGCUAACUUGACCCCGCUCGCCGGGGUGCUGGAUCAGGCCACCGGAAACACCCCGCUGAUGUUGGCCGUUAAGGAUAACCGGACACCAAUCAUAGAUAGGCUUAUAGAUCUUGGAUCGGACGUUGGAGCGAGAAAUAACGAUAAUUACAAUGUGAUACAUAUUGCUUCCAUGUUCUCUAGAGAAGAUGUAGUUAAAUUACUUUUAAACAAGAAAGGCGUCGAUCCGUACUCGACGGGUGGGUCACGGCAACAAACGGCUGUUCAUUUGGUAGCUAGUAGACAAACCGGCACUGCAACUGCAAUUUUACGGGCACUUUUAACUGCGGCUGGUAAGGAUAUCCGAACAAAGACUGACGGUAAAGGGAAAAUACCGCUACUGCUUGCUGUCGAGGCUGGAAACCAGUCUAUGUGCAGGGAGCUUUUGUCAUCACAAACGGCAGAUCAACUUAAGGCAACGACGACCAAUGGCGACACCGCGCUGCAUUUGGCCGCCCGACGGAAGGACGUAGAGAUGGCCCGGAUCCUGGUGGAUUACGGGGCCAGUGUAGACUUUCAGAACGGCGAAGGCCAAACGGCCCUGCAUAUAGCGGCGGCCGAAGGCGACGAAGCGAUGGUCAAGUACUUUUAUACCGUACGUGCUUCUGCAUCUAUCAUCGAUAAUCAGGAUCGAACCCCGAUGCAUCUUGCAGCGGAGAACGGCCACGCGACGAUAAUCGAAAUCCUGGUGGACAAGUUCCGGGCCAGUAUCUACGAACGCACGAAGGACGGCAGUACGCUAAUGCACAUCGCUUCGUUGAACGGUCACGCAGAAUGUGCAAACACGCUGUUCCGGAAGGGUGUCUACCUUCACAUGCCGAACAAGGGCGGGGCCCGGAGCAUCCACACGGCGGCCAAGUACGGGCACGUGGGCAUCAUCAGCACCCUACUGAACAAGGGCGAGAAGGUGGACGUGCCGACCAAUGAUCACUACACUGCCCUCCACAUAGCGGUCCGGUCCGCGAAACCGGCCGUGGUGGAGACGUUGUUGGGGUUUGGUGCCGAGGUGCACGUGCGAGGUGGAAAGCUGAAGGAAACACCGCUGCACAUAGCGGCCCGAGUCAAGGACGGCGAUCGGUGUGCGCUGAUGUUGCUGAAAUCGGGUGCCAGUGCCAACAAAACGACGGACGACGGUCAAACGCCGGUCCACGUAGCUGCCAAAUAUGGGAACGUCACCACCCUGGAUCUUCUGCUGGAGGACAACGGUGACGCACUGGUCAAGUCCAACGUUGGAGAGACACCUCUACAUCUUGGAGCGAGGAAUUGUCAUCCGGAGAUCGUAAGGCAUCUGAUAGAUUUCGUGCUUGCAAAGCAUGGGAAAGAGGUGUUAAAAAACUACAUGAACUUUACGAACGACGAUGGAGCGACCGCACUGCACUACGUUUGUCAGGUGACGAAAGAUGAGCUGAAAACUGGCACGGGCGAUCGAGAAAUCAUCAAGAUGUUGCUGGAGAACGGUGGAGACGUUUCGUUGGCUACGAAAUCCACCCAAGAAACGUGUUUUCACGCUGUGGCUAUCGCAGGCAAUAACGAUGUUUUGUCGGAGAUGAUCAACCAUUUGUCAACGACGGAGAUUCAGAAAGCGAUGAACAGGCAAUCUUCGAUAGGUUGGACACCUUUGCUGAUCGCAUGUAAUCGGGGUCAUAUGGAGCUGGUGAAUACGCUGCUAGCGAACCACGCUAGGGUCGAUGUGUUCGAUAACGAAGGCCGAUCGGCGCUGCAUUUAGCGGCGGAACACGGCUACCUACAAGUCUGUGAUGCACUCAUUACCAAUAAGGCGUUUAUUAAUUCUAAGUCACGAGUCGGUAGGACGGCGUUGCAUUUGGCCGCCAUGAACGGGUACACGGAACUGGUCAAAUUUUUGAUCCGAGAUCACAACGCGGUGGUGGAUAUUCUAACGCUGCGGAAACAAACUCCCCUGCAUCUGGCCGCAGCCAGCGGGCAGAUGAACGUAUGUAAGCUACUGCUGGAACUUGGUGCCAAUAUCGACGCGACCGAUGACGUUGGUCAGAAGCCAAUCCACGUGGCUGCGCAGAACAAUUACUCCGAAGUUGCCAAAUUAUUUCUUCAACAACAUCCCAAUCUUGUGAUGGCCACCAGUAAGGAUGGCAAUACUUGCGCCCACAUAGCGGCAAUGCAGGGAUCGGUGCGGGUCAUAGAGGAACUGAUGAAAUUCGAUCGGAACGGUGUGAUAUCGACGAGAAACAAGCUGACCGAUUCGACCCCGCUACAGCUGGCGGCCGAAGGGGGCCACGCCGAUGUCGUCAAGGUCCUUGUUCGAGCCGGAGCAUCCUGUACCGACGAAAACAAGUCAGGUUUCACUGCUGUCCACAUGGCGGCAAAAAACGGCCACGGCCAGGUGCUCGAGGUUAUGCGGAGCACUAAUUCGCUAAGGGUGUCCAGUAAAAAAUUGGGUUUAACUCCGCUGCACGUAGCGGCCUAUUACGGUCAGGCUGAUACCGUGCGGGAACUGCUCAUCAACGUACCGGCAACGGUUAAAUCUGAUUCUCCAUCUGGCACAUCAUUAGUACCUGAAUUAGGGAACGAGUCCGGGCUGACUCCGCUGCACUUGGCUGCGUACUCCGGUAACGAGAACGUUGUCCGACUGCUGCUCAACUCCGCCGGUGUUCAAGUCGAUGCUGCGACUACGGAAAAUGGUUACAAUUCAUUGCAUUUAGCGUGCUUCGGUGGGCACGUGCCGAUCGUUGGGCUGCUGCUAAGCAGAUCGGCCGAACUACUGCACAGUGUGGAUCGGCACGGGAAAACCGGUCUGCACAUCGCAGCUAUGCACGGCCACUAUCAGAUGGUGGAAGUCCUGCUCGGGCAGGGUUCGGAAAUCAAUGCUGCCGACAAGAACGGCUGGACUCCACUCCACUGCACUGCCAAGGCGGGGUUUCUGGACGUCGUGAAGCUGCUGGUGGAAGCCGGUGGUUCGCCGAAAUCGGAAACCAACUAUGGAUGCGCCCCGAUCUGGUUCGCCGCUUCCGAGGGGCACAACGAUGUGCUCAAGUAUCUGAUGCACAAGGAGCACGACACGUACGCCCUCAUGGACGACAAACGGUUUGUGUACAAUCUGAUGAUCGUUUCGAAGAACCACAACAACAAACCGAUCGAAGAGUUUGUGCUGGUUUCGCCGGCCCCCGUCGAUACGGCUGCCAAGUUGUCCAACAUUUUUAUAGUCCUCUCUACCAAGGAAAAGGAACGAGCGAAAGAUCUGAUUGCUGCGGGAAAGCAGUGCGAAACGAUGGCUACCGAGCUCCUGGCGCUGGCCGCUGGCGCUGACUCGGCAGGUCGUAUUCUAACUGCCACAGAUCGGCGUAACAUGGAGUUCCUGGACGUGCUGAUUGAGAACGAGCAGAAGGAGGUGAUCGCGCAUACUGUGGUGCAAAGAUAUCUGCAGGAACUCUGGCGAGGGACCCUCAACUGGACGGCGUGGCGAAUAAUGUUGCUAUUCGUGGGGUUUAUCGUGUGCCCCCCGGUUUGGAUCAUCUUCACCCUGCCGCUGGGGCACAACUUCUACAAGGUUCCCAUCAUCAAGUUCAUGUCCUACCUAACCUCACACAUCUACCUUAUGAUCCAUCUGAUGAUCGUCGGUAUCACUCCAAUCUAUCCGGUUGUCCGGGCCAGUUUGCUCCCCUAUUGGUACGAGUGGGGUUUGCUGGUCUGGCUCAGCGGAUUGCUCCUGUUCGAGCUGACUAACCCGAGUGACAAAUCCGGUCUCGGAAGUAUCAAAGUGUUGGUGCUACUUUUCGGAAUCAUCGGCGUCGGAGUUCACGUGUCCGGGAUGCUUUACGUGCACAAAACCUACUGGCCAACGCUACUUUACUGCCGGAAUCAGCUGUUUGCACUGUCUUUUCUGUUGGCUUGUGUGCAAAUUCUGGACUUCCUUUCGUUCCAUCAUCUGUUCGGUCCGUGGGCCAUCAUCAUCGGAGAUCUGCUCAAGGAUUUGGCUCGGUUUCUUGCCGUGCUGGCGAUCUUCGUGUUCGGCUUCUCAAUGCACAUCGUGGCACUCAAUCAGUCCUUUCACAAUCUGAGCCCGGAUGAGGUGCGAAGACUGCCGAUCUCGACCCGAAACAAGGAAGCGUUCAGCGAUGAGGAUGAUUUUUUCUCAUCAGAAGAAGACCAGGAAUACUUUAGCGAUGAGGUCGAACGCAUAAAGCGAGCUGCCGCCGGGCAGCCCAUCACCGAUUACAGGCGUAAACACAAAACCGACAUUCCGAUGACCCCGAUCAUUGCCUUCGAGCGGCUUUUCUUCGCCGUCUUCGGUCAGACCUCGCCGGACGACAUCAACAGUCAGCGCUCGACUCGGCCCGAGUGGACCGAAAAUCUGUUCAAAAUUGUCUUUGGCAUUUAUAUGUUAGUCUCCGUAGUUGUACUAAUUAAUCUUCUUAUCGCGAUGAUGUCGGAUACCUAUCAACGCAUCCAGGCUCAAUCGGACAUCGAGUGGAAGUACGGUCUGUCGAAGCUGAUCCGUAACAUGCAUCGAACAUCGACGGCCCCAUCGCCAAUGAAUCUGGUGACCACCUGGUUCGUGUGGAUCGUCGAGAAGCUGCGGGCCAAACUGGUGAAGAAGAAGCGCCCCUCGCUGGUGCAGAUGAUGAACCUCCACCGGGGCCAGCAGAGUCCCCGCACGAAAGCCGGUGCCAAAUGGUUGUCGAAAGUGAAGAAAGGUCAAGUGGCUCCCAAAGAGUCGACGGCUCUAUCUGCUAUGCACUUGUCUCCUCUCGGAUCGCAAGUCAGUUUCUCCACUGUCAAUACGAACCGAAUCGAGAACGUUGCAGAUUGGGUCGAGAUAUCUCGGAAGUAUCGUGCUCUGGUCGGUCACGACGAGGGCGAUUCCGGAUCGAUGAAGGACUCGGAUGGCGGUGGAGAUGCUCAUUCGACGGCUCCGGGAGCAGCUGGCGGUGAAGCAGGCCAGAUGGGCAACAACGUAAAUGCAAAUCCGGCUUAAGGUCACCUGGAGUUCUAGAGCUACCGGAAUCAAUCUUCCACAAAACGACGUAAACAAAUGAUAGGUUCACAAUUCAAACACACAGAAUCACAUGCGCACUCCCUUCCGGUAUAAUCAAACAUUACCAAUCAUUCCAACAAAACACACCAGAACACGAUAAAGCUUCGGUAAAUCGAAUCUUCCGAACGGCAGUUUAGACUCGAAUACACGCAUUUACUACAAUCCGAAAGAGUCUUCGUUUGAGUAAUUUUGUACAUAGCCUAGUGCAAAGCAGGCACUGAAAAGUGCCUGAUUUUAGGGAAAAUUUUCAACCCGGUCUAAAGAGAUGUGGGGUUUUGGUGAAAAGGAUUACCAUUCUGUACAGAAAAGUAAGCAGUUCAUUUUUGGAAUUGUUUCGAUAGACAUAGGUUAGAUUUUCGGCUUUGGCCAAAAGCUUCGAACUUCGCUGUAUUUUUUUUUAAAUCUGGCUUUGUGUAAAUGAAACUUUGUAAAAAUUGGAUCUUGUUUCCCAGAAAAGAGUGAAAAUAUUGUAAAAAAUUGUACAUUUUGGAAGAUGGAAAAAAUAUAUAUUUUACAAACUAUUGAA